GGUGUUCUGUGAGCUCUGUGACGUCAGUGCUGGUCGCAUCAGCCAAAGGUCCCUGGCGUCGGCGCCGUCCCCGGGACCAACAACUACAUUUCCCCGUGCUCCACCCGCGAUAGGCCCCUGGGAGGUGCGUCGCCUGCACCCACGUGCCCCCGGGUGUAAGCUCAGCUGUGGAUGAGCAUCUGAUCGCGUCUGCGCUGAUGGGUGAACGGGAGUGAGGCCACACACGCAUCUUUCUCCCGUUUUAUGCCACCAGUUCCGUCCGAAGGAGGCUCAGCGAACAUGUUCCACACCUGCGGCCCCAAUGAGGCGAUGGUGGUGUCAGGGUUCUGUCGAUCUCCUCCUCUGAUGAUACCUGGAGGCCGAGUGUUCGUCAUCCCCUGCAUCCAGCAGAUACAGAGGAUUUCCCUGAACACCCUGACUCUGAAUGUGAGGAGCGACAAAGUCUACACCCGCCACGGCGUGCCCAUCUCCGUCACCGGCAUAGCCCAGAUGAAGAUCCAGGGUCAGAAUAAACAGAUGCUGGCUGCGGCCUGCCAAAUGUUCAUGGGGAAGUCCGAGCCUGAGAUCGCUCAGAUCGCCUUGGAGACGCUGGAGGGCCACCAGCGGGCCAUCAUCGCCCACCUCACCGUGGAGGAGAUCUACAAGGACCGAAAGAAGUUCUCGGAGCAGGUGUUUAAGGUGGCCUCCUCGGACCUGGUGAACAUGGGCAUCAGCGUGGUCAGCUACACCCUGAAAGAUGUUCACGACGACCAGGACUAUCUGCAUUCGCUGGGGAAGGCUCGGACAGCCCAGGUUCAGAAAGACGCUCGCAUCGGAGAGGCCAACAACAAGAGGGACGCCGUGAUCAGGGAGGCCCAUGCGAUGCAGGAGAAAGUUUCAGCGCAGUACUUGAAUGAGAUUGAGAUGGCAAAGGCCCAGAGGGACUAUGAGCUGAAGAAGGCUGCCUAUGACAUCGAGGUCAACACCAAGAAGGCGGAGUCGGAGAUGGCCUACCAGCUGCAGGUGGCGAAGACGAAGCAGUGUAUCGAGGAGGAGAGGAUGCAGGUCCAGGUGGUGGAGCGGACGCAGCAGAUCGUGCUGCAGGAGCAGGAGAUCACCCGCAGGGAGAAGGAGCUGGAGGCCAAGGUGAAGAAACCGGCGGAGGCUGAGCGGUACCGUCUGCAGAAACUGGCCGAGGCUCAGCGUCUGAAGUUGAUCAUGGAGGCGGAGGCCGAUGCCGAGUCCAUCAAGAUCAAGGGUGAGGCCGAGGCGUUCGCGGUGGAGGCCAAGGGUCGCGCCGACGCAGAGCAGAUGGCGAAGAAGGCGGAGGCCUUCCAGCAGUACAAGGAUGGAGCCAUGGUGGACAUGCUGCUGGAGAAGCUGCCUCUGAUGGCAGAAGAGAUCAGCAAGCCUCUGUGCGAAGCCAACAAGGUGACCAUGGUGUCCAGUGGAGACGGGGAGGUGGGCGCCGCCAAGCUGACGGGAGAGGUGCUGGACAUCAUGGUCCGCCUCCCCGCGGCCGUGGAGAAGCUGACCGGGGUCAAAAUCUCCCAGGUGACCUCUCGUACAGGCUGAAGGGAAUCCCCCAGUCUGGUGAACAGCCCCCCGCCCCCUUAUCAGCUGCUGUGAUCGGCCAACUCAUUCAAAUCAUUCUUGGUUUUUAAAUUAUUUAUUUUUUUAACACUAAUACCCAUUUGGGCUUAAGUGUUGUGCUCAUCAUCUGGUUAUUGUUGUUGCUGUUACACGUCCCUUUUAGUUACAUACAACAUAAACUCCUCAAAGCAUUCAUAUUACAAUACUUCCCAUAUAUUUUCUUUCAUAUUUCGGCCUCAGUUUAGGUUGGCACUGAAAGACGAGCUGUAACAGUGGCCUCUGCGUACCAUGGAGUGUCACAUGGUGUGUGUCUGAUGUUCAACUGUAAUGUCUCCUCCAUAACCCGCCUGUCCACUGCCCCGCUGCCAAACCUGAAGUGCAUCUUACCAUGAACACGCAUGGGAAAACUUCAUCUACUACCAACAUGCAUCUUUCUAACUCCAUCACUCAUUCCUCCCAAUGGGAUUCAUACAUUAGUCAUCAGCCACCUGUAUUCAAUCACUACGUAUAAUACAUAUUUAUUCCUCAUUGUUUACUAUUUAGUAUUUGACUGUUUUCCAUCCACACUAGUGUCUUCUUGUCUUGUCCCGCUCAGCCUUUGUAAUCUAGUAUCAGCAGUUAGAAUCCCUGCACCACACCUUUAGGCAGAAAUAUGAGCAGAUGUUGGGCACUAACCCUCUGUAUCAAAAACAUCUUUUAUCCACUUCAUAUUGUUACAUCUAUCAGCAGAGCACUGCAGUGGUUGCCAACAAAGUCGGCCAAUCGGGUAACUCGGCUCGCUUUACUGUUAAUCUCCCUGUACGUAGACAUCAGACAUCAGCAUACAACGCCAGUGUAGAAGUGUUUUUGUGAACAUCCAAUGCUUCGAUGACCAUCGCAGGUAAAGACGUCUCUCUGUCCUUCCCAAACUGUGGGGCCACAGCUCGGGGGCUCUGUCUCCACUGAAGGACACUCGAACAGAUUCAGGCCUAAACAGCAGCUUGGACGUGUAUCACGUGGUUCAGGUUCCUUAGAGCCCAGUCACACGUCUUACUAGCAGUGUCCUUUUAGUAAAGUUGCCUCAUCUGUGUUGUUUGGCUUCAUGUAGCAACUCUCUUAAAGGUGUAGUUGGUGGACCUGAAGGUAAACGUGGUGUAAAGUAUAGCUAGAGCCUUCUAUUGUAGCAGUGGAGGUACCACAGUGACAUUAUGAGUGCAUUAAAAUGCUGAACCAUUUAUCUCCUCUUUGUAAAUGAAGGUAUAAUGUAGGAUGAUGAAGAGAUGAGGAUUUUAUAGCAUUCAUCUGGAGUGAUAGAUGAACAACUAACUACUUAUUACGUAUUUGUUAUGAUACAAAGUUGAUACCAAACAAUCAAAGAAAGGGAGUGAAAAUAUAUUUUUUAACUAUUAGAGUCGAUGUAUUGGUCACACAGAAGGAUUUCCUAGUGGCGUCUGGAGACCACAAAGGAGCCUCACAUUUUUUAACGUUUUACUUGUUACAGUAAUUUCAGGUGACUUUACGUUUUUUGGUAUCAGGAUAAUGUUUCUGUGUUCCUAACGACCAUUACCUCCAUGAUCUAAAAAUCCUAAAAUACCAAGGUACAUAAAAUGUGUUGGAAAGGUAAGCUCAGCUGGAAGACAACAUGAAUGUUGUUAGUGACGACUACUCGUGGAAAACAUAAGCAGUUCUACAUCAUCAACAACAACACCCUGACUCAAAGCUUUUAUCUCCAGCUGAUGGAAAAAAGAACUAAAGUCCUCACCUUUAGGAGGAAACAAUGUGAGGAGCAGAGAUGCACCACCAGUCGGAUCGAACAGAAAUGGAUCACCAGGGUUGUUUCCUCUCUGUGCUUCCGUGUGGCUCCUAACAAGUGAUGGAACUCAACCCUGUCACCUGGUACCCAUAAGCCCCCGGGGACUGGGUAUGUGUUGCCACUGCACAUCAUUGUUUGUAUCUGCAUGGGUUUUAAGGCAUCAAAAGGUACUCAACAAGAAUGUUGAAUGAUUGUGCGUUUGUUCUUCUAUGCAGUUGGAAAUUGAUUAGCGUGUGUGAUUUCCUUUGACCGAGCAGUGUGACCGCACUAAAUGUAACCUCUAAUAGUCCUUGGUGUUUGCUCCAUGGUACCCGGCCUUCAUACCUCACUACCCAUCUGCCUAUGACGUGUACUCUCCUCUGCACUGCUAAUUACAGCACGCCCCAAAAAAUGAAAAAGGCUUCCUGAAGGUCCAUUUCAAGGUGUUUGAGGGUGAACAUUACUGUUAUUGUGCAUGCAUCCGUACCCUGACCUUUAACUGUAAUUGCACAUAUCUGCAGUCAGGACGCUUUGUGCUGAGAUCUUUGGUGAGCCGUGGAAGAGGAAACGUUGUUCCCCUAUAACGACAAUGUGUUAUGAUGUUCACUACAUAUGGAAAUAGAUGGGUUUAUGUACACACUAUAUAUUUGAUAUCUAAUAGCACUCUUUGCUUCACAAGUCACCACUAUCCAAUUUGCUAACUGUGGUGUUUCAGUAUAAAUGUAUUUCAGCUGUAAUUGGUUUUCUGUGUUAUUUCAACUCUCUGUUCAGGAGUUCAGGAAGAUACCACUUUGUACCCUUUUUAUUUACUGGAUGUUCACUUCAGGAAAAAAGAUAGGAAUGUAGCAUUCAAACUGUACCCAAUAAAAAUGGAAUUCAAUUGCAAAAGGGAAA